UUGCUCAACGUAAAGUUUCUGCGCUAGCUGCUGAAUUGGAAGAGUGUAAGACGGCACUCGACAACGCAGUUCGCGCACGCAAACAAGCAGAAAUGGAUCUUGAAGAAGCCCAUGGACGUAUCAACGAUCUCCAGUCCAUUAACAACAAUUUGACUGCAAUCAAGAACAAGCUUGAGACUGAGCUUUCAACUGCUCAAGCUGACUUGGAUGAGGCUACCAAGGAGUUGCACGCUGCGGACGAGAGAGCCAAUCGCGCAUUGGCGGAUGCUGCUCGUGCUGUUGAGCAAUUGCAUGAGGAGCAGGAGCACUCAAUGAAAAUUGAUGCCCUUCGUAAAUCCCUCGAGGAGCAAGUUAAGCAGUUGCAAGUCCAAAUCCAGGAAGCAGAAGCUGCUGCGCUUUUGGGAGGCAAGAGGGUAAUUGCCAAGUUGGAAACUCGCAUUCGUGACCUUGAAACUGCCUUAGACGAGGAGACGCGCCGCCACAAAGAAACUCAAAAUGCUUUGAGGAAAAAGGAUCGCCGUAUCAAGGAGAUGCAAAUGCAGAUCGAUGAAGAACACAAAAACUUUAUCAUGGCACAAGAUACUGCUGAUCGUCUCUGUGAAAAGCUGAACAUACAGAAACGUCAGCUUGGAGAAGCGGAGGCAGUAACCAUGCAAAAUCUGCAACGUGUGCGGCGGUAUCAGCGUGAGUUGGAAGACGCUGAAGGACGUGCUGAUCAGGCUGAAAGCAGUCUUCAUCUAAUCCGUGCCAAGCAUCGCAGCAGCGUCGUAACCAACAAGAGUAACUCGCCCAAGGUUUAUGUUCUCGAGGACGAGCAAUAA